AUGGAGGUAUUGCCUAAAUCUGCACCAGAAGGUUUUAUGAAUUAUUUAAACAGCUUAAACGAAAAUGAUUAUAUAAUAAGUGUACCAAUAAAUGAUACUCGAACAACUACAACACAAGCAUCAUUAAUUGAAAAUGAUACAAUCAAUGAAAUUGAUCAAAUGAUCGAUGAAAUAUAUUUGAAAUAUAUGCGUAUAAAUCAUUUAACUGAAUCAGAAAAGAAAAGUAUAGAAACGAUGAUCACUAAUUUACGUAAUUUAAUUAUGAAAUUUAUUAGUUCUUUAAAUGAACAUAUUAAUUCUUUAAAUGAACAUAUUUGUACUUUGAAUGAUGAGAUAGUUAAUUUAAAAAAAGGAAUGCAUGCUGUUGAGCAAAAAGAAUCGGCAUUAAACGUGUUAAUAUUAUUUCAGAAAUACUGAUAUGUUGAAAACGAACAAUAUGAAAAAGUAUUGGAUUUAUAUGAACAAAUAAAUGUCAAACUACAUGAUAUCAUUCAUAUAAUAGUUUUAAAUGCAUGUGCUGGAUUGUCGAAUUAUCGAGUUAUGAGUAUUGAAAAACAAAUUCUUCAAAAAGUCUGUGAUAAAUGGCAAAAUAACAAGAUUAUAUUAACAUCAGGAAUAGAUAUGCUUAUGAAAUUUGGUAAUGUGAACGAAGCUGAAUAUCUUUUUCGAUCGAUUCAAAAGAAAGAUAUCAUCGUUUAUGGUGCUAUGAUGAAUGGCUACAAUAUGAACUAUCAACCAUUAAAAUGUUUUGAACUUUUUGAAGAAUUGAAACAAAAUUUGGUUCCUGAUGAAAUCAUUUUCAAGAUGCUUAUUGGUAAAUGUGCACAAAUUGGUUUACUUUCAAAAUAUGAAGUUAUAUUUAAUCAAAUUCCUUCACAUAUGCAACAUCAACAACGUAUACAAAAUGCAUUGAUCAAUAUGUGGGUAAGUGCAAUUAAUACUUUUGAAAGGAAAAAUGUUCUUUAUCGAUCAACGAAUAUUGACUUAAACCUAAAGCUUAUUGAAAAUAUAGAUGAAAUUAGAUUCUUUUUUUUUGUGCUUUUCUAUGUUAACUUCAAAAUUUGAGUAUAGGAGUGAAGAGCACGCCCAUUGUACCGUUUGGUCUGGAAAAGAAAAGCGCUCAUAAGUCGAGUUCUACUCAACCGAUUUUAAUAUCGUUUUUUAUUUUACUGGUCUAAGAGUAGUCAUUCACUUCUGCAAAAAUCAAGUUUCUCGCUGCUUUGGUUUCCGAGAAAUCAUGACAACAAUAUCAAAUAACUAGCUUUGCAACGCUGUCUAGCGGAACGGAAGCAUUUGUUUUUAUUACUGUUUGAUUUUUUUUCAACCGUUUUGCAGCUAGACUUGUAGAACUCGUCGCGAGCUUUCAGAGUAUGUCAUUGGUUUUAGCUCUACAGAAAGUUUU